AUGCCCUCCACAUAUAAGAGAGACAAGCCGUGGGACACGGACGACAUUGACAAGUGGAAGAUCGAUCCUUUCCAGCCCGAAGACAAUGCCGCCGGAAGUUUCGCCGAAGAGUCAUCGUUUGCUACGCUUUUCCCCAAGUAUCGCGAGGUAUACCUGAAGGAAGCAUGGCCGGUUGUUACAAGGGCACUGGAGAAACAUGGGAUUGCCUGUACACUCGAUUUGGUGGAGGGUAGCAUGACAGUGAAGACGACUCGGAAAACUUUCGACCCAGCAGCGAUUCUCAAGGCCCGCGAUCUCAUCAAAUUACUGUCGCGAAGUGUCCCCGUCCAGCAGGCUCUGAAAAUUCUCGAAGACGGCGUCGCAUGCGACAUCAUCAAAAUUCGAAACCAAGUCCGUAACAAGGAACGCUUCGUCAAGCGCCGCCAACGUAUCCUCGGCCCGCAAGGCUCAACUCUCAAAGCCCUCGAACUCCUCACAAGCACCUACAUCCUCGUGCAAGGAAACACCGUUGCCGCCAUGGGUCCCUUCAAGGGCCUAAAGGAAGUGCGAAGAAUCGUCGACGACUGCAUGGCCAACAUCCACCCCAUCUACCACAUCAAAGAGCUUAUGAUUAAGCGCGAGCUCGCCAAGGACCCUACACUUGCCACAGAAUCCUGGGACCGAUUCCUGCCCAACUUCAAGAAGCGCACGCUGUCCAAGCGCCGCGUGCCGCUCAAGGUCACGGACAAGUCGAAGAAGGUCUACACGCCUUUCCCGCCCGCGCCGGAGAAGAGCAAGGUGGAUCUGCAGAUCGAGUCUGGAGAGUACUUCCUUUCCAAGGAGGCCAAGGACCGUGCUCACAAGGAAGAAAUCAUGGAGAAGCAGCGGGUCAAGCGCGAGGAGAAGAUGAAGGAGAGGGAGAAGGCGUUCAUUGCACCGGAAGAGCUCGAGGAAGCCGAGCGCGCGAAGAAAGAGAAGAAGGAGAAGAAGAAGAAGCGCAAGCGGGACUCCGAGGUCGAGCCGGACGUCGACGCAUCACAGAAGAAGGAGAAAAAGAAAAAGAAGAGCAAGUCAAAGUCAACGGAGGAAGAGGAUUGA